UUAUGAAAGAAUUACAACAUGUCAGUGGAUCAUAUCACAUAAUUUAGUGGAAUGUUGACAUAAAUAAUCAUUCUUUUUUAAGUAAAUAUGAGAAUUUCUGUAAGUGUGCACACUGUUGGACUAAAUGUUCACUGGAGCCUGGGACAACUCAAAGGGAGAUUACAUCACAGAAGAGGUACGUGUAGACCCCGAAGCCGCCGCCAGGCACCGCCAUUUGCGCCAUUUAGAAUUUCAGCCGCCGCCAGCCAAUAAUUUCGAAAGCCAAAUUGAACGAGAUAUAUCCAGCUGCAGACCCGCAGCACCACCAGUUUCAGAACCCCAGCGCCAGAACCUGAAGUGAGGGGCGGAGUUAUUGACAAUGAGACAAGCAUGGCGGAGAGCAUGUAAGAUGACAAAAAUUGCACCUGGCACAUGGGUGCUACUGAAAAACAAGGAUAUCCCCCAACAGAUUGGUGGUGUAGACUGUGGAGUCUUCAUGUUGAUGUAUGCUCUACAUCUUGUCUUGGGAGCACCCUUUGAUUUUACAUCUUGCGACUUUCCAAACAUACGGAGAUGGUUGGCUCUUAUUCUUCUGGAGAACUUUGGGGUUUUCUCUGAAAGUGCAGAAACCCUACAAGAGUCCCUUCCAUGUGAAGAACAAGCUACGCUUAGCAGCAGUGAGGCGGAGCUCCCAAUAAUCCGGCACAUGAAAGAAGCUGUGAAAUGGCUCCAUUCCAACAGCCAUCUGCUCAGGGGUCCAGUGGAAGAGCCUCUUUUCAUUCGAAUGAAUGAAGACGACAAGGAAAAGGCCCGCAACAAUCUCCUGGAACAGUCAGAAGCUUCCAGAGAGCCCUUUCUAUUUCAUUUUGUGUUCAGGGAUGACAUGGAGUUAUUUUUGCAAGAAUGUAAGGACAAAAUGGGCCUGAGAGUGAAUUCCUCAUUUGAUACAUUUUAAGUUUAAUUUAUACAGGAUUGUCAUGAUAAAAUGGGCC